CUAUGAUGUAGGUAAUUACCUUUUGCCGAUGAUUUCAGAACACUGAAACAUAUUAAACGUGUGAAACGAAACAGACUUAAAAGAUGGAGGUUCAAUCAGGGCAAUCCACUUCUACCGCUACCCCUACGUCAAUGACGUCACUCUCCAGUGGAUCUGCGUUUAGUGAAGGCUACCCCAGCGCCAGAGAUGACUUUGACCCCACUAUGGAGGAGACUGUCUCCCCCGUGGACUUAGAAGCCAUAAUCCAAACAGAACGCAUAACCAAGAUCCUCGACGAGUGCGUAUACAAGACCAAGCUAGCCAUUUGCCUCCCGAACCUAGUCAAGGAGUUCCAUACCCUCAGCUCCAUACUGUCUAGUCAGAACAUGGAUGACCUGGUCUUCAUAUUUGAGCAGUAUGACAAGCCGGUGUAUUCUAAUAGUUUUAUUAAUAUGGAAGCUUUGGAGGACAUUAAAAGUGGAGCAAGUACGCUGAAAAACAGAUUGAAUCCUGAAUUGGGUCACCUUAUGUACAUUAUGUUUAGCUACCCUGCACUGAAGCCUAUAGUCGAAGAAAUGGUGGAUAAGAUGAAACAUGACUGUCAGGGUGGCGUCAUGUCGCCAUCCCUGGACUGUCUGGUGACCUUGGAGCAGUUCCGAGACCUGAUGGUGAGGCAGCUGUCAACCACAGCGGCUGAGGAGCUGGCCACCAAGCUAAAGACGAAGAAGCUUGAGGCACAGAAUGCGAAACUAAUCAAGAGUAUUAAGGAAAAAUCUGAUGCAAUGGAGGCUGAAAAAGAAGCCUUCGAUGCAGCGAUGGAAGAGAAAAGACAGAAGAUCAAGUCACUACAGGAAGAGCUUACAGAAAUACAGGCUGAAGCUUCCAAGGAUAUCAAAAAGAAAAUUUUGGAUUCUGAACGUCAAAUGGUGCUGGCCAGUCGCGUGCACGCCGUGAAAAAUGACAUCCUGCAAGACGAGCAAGCAGAGACAACGCGCGUCUACAAAACCUUGCUGGCAACUCAUGUGCAGGAAGAAAAAAAGCUGAGAGCUCGCAGGUUGAAAGUGGAGACACAGCUGCUCUCCUGGAUCAAGAAGUAUGACCUUGAGAUGACGGACAAGCAGAUAGAGCUGGAUGACUUCCAGCAGAAGUAUGAUGAUGAAGUGCGCGCGUGUCGGGAGCUAGAGGAGAAACUAAAACUCCAGGACGUAGAGUAUAUUCCCUUAAUGGCGGAGAGAGAAGAAGAGUAUCACAGAGAGAUGAAACUGAAGAUGGAGAAGUUCCUUCUAGAACAUGCUGCACGUGUCAUCCAGUCGGCUUGGCGCAAAGUCCUUCUCAACAGAGCUGAAAAGAAGAAGCUUUGGAAAUUACAAAAACAGCAAAGGAAAUUGGAAAAGGAAGAAGCUGAAAAGCUGCGGAAAAAGAAAAUGUCUAAAAAAUUAAACAAAGUCGUUAAAGCUGAUCACAGCCCUGAAACGAAUGAGGAGCAGAAAAAUGAUGAUAACCCUGAAAUAAACAAACCUCUAAUAAAAGAUAAUAAGCUUAAAAUAAAGAAACCGUUCAAAAGCGUAGAUACAAAAAAGAAACAAAAGACUGCUAAAAAGUGAUGGCUUAUUGAUCAUGUUAAACGUUAAUUCGUCAUUUUUUUUAGAUUUUGUUUAAAACAGUGAAGG